AUGCAAAGUCAUGUAAAUUUAUAGAAAUAUGAAUCUUAUGAGUUGCAAAAACCAAGCAUUACUAUUUUUGAGUAAUCAACCUAGAUGAAUAUUUUAACUGAUGAAUAAAUUGAUGAAUCUGAUUCAGAACCUGAGAAGACCAUUUAAGAAACGCAAAACCAAAAUCUAUUACUUUCUAAAUAGUACAUUUACUUUCACAAAUAGAAAUAGCCAACAUAACAAUACAAUAUUUGAGGAUGAAAAUGAAGAGGGUGUCUGGGAAGAGAAUGCUAAGGAAGUAAAUCCUCCAAAGCCAUUUUUAAUGUCAAUUAACUUCUCCAACAUUAGUUUGUAUCGAUUUCCUACACUGGAAUAAGAAAAGGUAUUUGGUGCUAUUUUUAUUGCGUAGAAUUUAAGGGCUGAGAUAAACAAUAUAGAAAUAAAUAAUAAUGUAGUGUAUUAUUAGAUCGAAACCAAAUCAUCUUAAUUGGGGUACACUGUAAAAGUGAAGAGAAGAUAUAAUGAUUUUAAGUUUUUGUUGAGGGAAUUAACCAUCAGAUACCCUCAGCUUUUAUUACCUUACUUACCAAUAGGAAUUGGAGUUGGAAAACUUAACAAUCGAAGCGUAGAGGAGAGAAAGAGAUUAUUAUAAAAUGUUAUAAAUAUCAUUACCAUGCAUUAAGAAUUGAUACUCUCAAGUUCUGUCAGAAAUGUAUAAUUUAAUUUGAUCUACUAGUUUUUUGAAGAAGGAGAUCAACAGGAAUUUGAAAAUAAAAGAAAGCAAGGGCAAGCUAAUAUGAGAGGAGGUUUAGCUUAAAAUCUAUAAACAGUUAUAGAUAAAAGCAUAAAAUCAAUUGGAUAAUUAAAGAAUUGGUGGAAUGGCACAAAUUAAAACAAGAAGUGUGAGGAAUUGGAAUAAAUAUAGUUGGAAUUAGUCAAAUUAUUAAGUUAAUAAGCAAAGUAUUAGAAACUACUUUCCUACAUCUAAGCGUUAUAAAGAAAAUAGUAGAAAAUUAAGGAUCUAAUCGCAUAAUAAGAUAGUUAAAAAACCUAAUUAUUAAUUGAAACUAAACUUCACGAUUGUACUUUAGAUUAUGCAAAAAAUUUAGAUUUCUAAACCAACACUUUAGAAGAUAAAUUUGUAAUUAAUAUUUAUAUUUAGGAUUAAUAUUAUCAAUAGUAAAUUUGGUAAUUAAUGAAUGUAAUAGAAUUUAUUGAUUAUGCUGAUAUUUAUUUUAAGCAGUUAGUCAAAUACAUUGAAGAUCUUAAUGAAUAAUUAACUUAGGUUGCGCCAAAUUAAUAAACGUAUAACAAUCAUUAAUUAUACUAGUCAUUAAACAAUCAAGGAUGAGAUUAACAAAUAUUUGAGCAAAGCUAAGGAAUAAUUUUGCAAUAAAAAAGAUGGUAUAAUAUCAAAAUACAUUGGGAUUUAAUAAAAAGGAUUUACUGAUUAUUACAUUAGCCAAUAAUAGGAGAUCUGGAAUUAUGCGUAGGAGAUGAAAAAUUCAUUUAAUUGAUGUGAC